UCGACACCCUGAAGAUGGAGAAAGACGCCCUUCAGCGUGAGCUAGAAACCGAAAGGCUCACUCAUGCAGACAGGGUGGAGCAAGGUCAACAGCUGAUCGACACCCUGAAGAUGGAGAAAGUCGCCCUUCAGCAUGAGCUAGAAAAUGAAAAGCUCACUCAUGCAGACAUGGCGGAGCAAGGUCAACAGCUGAUCGACACCUUGAGGACUGAGAACGACAGCCUUCGUAAAGAGAUGGCAGAAGAGGUCCUUAGAAUGCAGAAAGAAGCUGAUCAUAAGGCCUUGCUCUAUCAGAGAAAGCUGCAGCAGCUGAGAGAUCAGCUCAAGCUUCAAACCUCACUCACUCUGCAGCUCUCCACUCUGCUCAAAGCUAAGAAACUCUCCAGCCGUGAACAGCCUGAGCCUGAACAAUGCGAGGACCAGGAGCCCCUCCCUAGUGCCCUCCAUGAUGAAGAACUCACAAAGAACGCUGUGGUCUCUGAAAAGACCAUGACAGAGACGACAAAACAGAAGUCACGCUGGAAAAGAUUCCGCCACUUUCUGGGACUGAGAAAACCACAGAAGUGAAAGAAAUAAACCAAACCCCUUUCAUAGCAGAUAUUUAAAUUGGAAUCACCGGACAAGUCAAAAGGCUGCUGUUAAAACUUUCUAAAA